UCCCGCAUUUUACACGUCCCCGCCAAAAACCGGUGAAACCGUUGGUUAUAAUGAAACCCUAGUUUCUCAAUAAGUUGCCUGGAAGAAAAUUGAUCGAAGAAGUAGAGCAUCUCCAGUUGUUCUUUACAUACAGGGAAUUUGGGAGAAAGAUCCAACUUUAAUGGAAAACUCCAUCAGAAAACGUCUCAGCCUGCAAAAUGAGAUUCUUAAGUGGUUGAAGGAAUUUUCUGAAAAAGUGGAGAGUAGAGCAAAUGCUACUACGGUGGAAGUGCAUAAACUUCUGGAACAGACUGACAUUGUUGAGCAAGAUAUGAGGAACACUCUGAAUUCUUUCAGAAAUCUUUCAUAUAAUCUGUUUAAAGAAAAUAAAAUAUCUGAGGAAGAUGAAAUGUCUGGCUGUGCAAGGGAAGACUCCAAAAAAUCAGCUGAAGCAGGGAUUCCUGCUCAGAGCUAUGAAGCAGACAUAUUACCAAGAUAUAAAGAAGCCUUAUCUCUUGGCUUGAGGUCAUACAGGAGCCACAUUCAGAAAACAAAUAGAAAAUCUUCAACAGGUUCUGGGUUUAAUAUGGGUUUUGCACAUGGUCCACUCCCACAUGUAAUUGGCUCGGAAGAAUAUAUUCAUGACAACAGUUGUGGUUUAACAGAGGAUUUGAUAUUGGGGAGAGAAUCACUUAAUCCCAGCCAAAUAACAGAAACAGGAGGAAUAUUAUUUGAUACCAUAAAGAGUGGCUCUGACACUAUGUUUAGUGGAGAUUUGUUCACGGAGGAACAAGAACCGUUGGAGAAGGAGGGAAAUGAACCACUGCUAUCUGCUGCAUUGGACUUCAAAGCAAUGCUUGAAGCGGCACUCCUUAGCACCUAUAAAUUCUAUGACGAGGAAGGUCCGUCUGUAUCUGAUCCUGUCCAUGGUUAUAGUAACACCAAUGAGAAAAUUCAUGCAAAGCUGGAUCAUGAGGAUUCUACAACACUGGAUUCUGUUGAUAUUGCUAAUUCUCGGAAUGCUACUGGAAUUAUGAGUACCAUUGUACCUGCCACUGCAGAAAAGAUCAUUUCUAAUCAAGAUUUGGUCACCCAAUCCCGUGAUAUUUGUUCUACAUUAAUUUCCAGAAGCCUUUUUGAUGCUGAAGAAGAAUCAUCUACAUUUCUUUCUUCUGGUCCUGAGACUUUAAUUGGUGGUAAUAAGGCAGAAACUAUAUACAAUCCCACACCAGAGGCUGAUGAUGCUAUUUCAAAAGGUGCUGUUUCUCAGACUGCAGAAUUUCCCAAUUGUUCAUUAUCUAAGCCUGAUGCUGGAGAUGUAGAUGCUAUCCCUUUACCUUCUAGAUCUGAAGGAUUUAUUUCCCAUGUCCCUGAGGAUGGGAAGUCAGCUGGUGCAGAUUCAGUGAUCCUAAAGAAUGGAGAGGAACAUGAAGGCCAUUCAGACUCCUCUAAUUCAGUUCAUUUCACAUCUGAAGAUGUGACCAAGAGUUUAGAAAGACGUGAGUUUGUGUCUAGUUCCUUGAAUACUUCUCAUAAUAUAAUUGGUGAUUGUAAGCCACAUUCUUCAAGACUUCAACAGUCAGAUGUCCUUAUUGAUGUUAAGAGAGGGAAGAGCCCAUUGAAGGGGUAGAACCUUCUAAGGAGAUUGAAGAAAGCAAUGAUCUUCAAUUUCUGUCUCAUAAAGAGAGUUGAAGGCUUGAGUUAGUGCUGAAACAUUUCUCAGAUGUGUAGAAAAUGCAAUUUACAUCAACAGCCUCAAAUACAAGAGAGAAUUGAUGAAGGUGGACUAAGCUUACAUUUUCUCUUUAUGAUGAAAGAAUACAGUUAUUCUGCAAAGAGGGGUACUAAUUGAGACAAGGGAAAGUCUUCUUUAACCAAAGAGAAGAAAGAUGGUCCAUCACUGGAAUUUUGGCAUGUAAUGGUAAAAGCUUGGUGAUUACAUUGCUGCUGAAUGUUGACAGUGUUGAUAAACAGGGCUGCUUACUGGAAUCUAUUCAAGUGAUCUAGAAAUAGUGGAUUUUGAUUUUAUUGCUCAAGCAUCUAAGUAUUGUUCUCUGUUUCUAAUCUUGGACAUGUGGAGUGGAGUGUACUUGUUUUGGAUGGCUUGUGGUCUGGAUGUAAUUAGAAACCUAAAUCUGAAUGUAGAGACCGUUUUUUUUUUUUUUUGCUACAAAUGUAGAGAGCAAUUGAACAGAGAUAAAUCUGAUUUCACUGGUAUAUCUUGUGA